AUGGCCACCAUGCGAUUAAAUCAGGUAGCCAAGGAGGAAAAAUCUCGAUUGGACUGGCAAAACUUUGUUCGCAAAGAAGAUCUGGAAGAUGAUCUCAGGGCGCAUAACAAGGGUAAAGAAGGGUAUCUGGAACGACAAGCGUUUGUGGACCGUGCUAGUGAACGCGAAUACGCGUAUCAGAAAUCGCAGAUGAAACGGAAACUUUGA